AUGCCGGAUUCCUCUCAAGACCAAGCACUCAAAGGUCUACAAUCUCCGAGUGCAAAAGUCCUCUUCGAUAAAAUCGAUGAAUUGCGGGCUAUUGGAGUAGGCGGCCUCGUUGAACUGCCACAACUCAUUGUCUGUGGUAAACAAUCCAGUGGAAAAAGUUCCGUGUUGGAAGCAAUUUCUCGAGUUCGUUUUCCAACAAAAACCAAACUCUGCACCAGGUUUGCGACGGAAGUGAUACUGCGCCGAAGCCCAGAGCCCAGAUUCAAAGUCUCAAUUGACCCAGGGGAGUCCCGAACGGACGAAGAUAGGGAGCGGCUUCAGAAAUUUUGCCUCGAAGUCUUUCCCAAGGGCGAUGACGAUACCCCUUUCAAAGAUUUAGUCGAAAGGGCACAGGAAUGGAUGGGUAUUGAUAAUGCCGUCGAAUCAUCUACUGGAUUCAGCGACGAUGUUCUCAAGGUUGAAAUCUCCGGGCCUGAAAAGCCUGAGCUUACCCUUGUCGAUCUGCCGGGGCUUUAUGAGGCUAAAAGCAAGGAGCAGACUACUGAAGGGAUUCAGUUUGUUCAAAAGAUUACGGAGAAAUAUAUGCGAAAUGAGCGCAGUAUUAUUCUGGCUGUUCUGAGCGCCAAAUUCAAUUAUGUCCACCAGGAUAUUCUCGACAGAGCUGAGCAGGUUGACCCAGAGUUCAAAAGGGUCCUUGGCAUCGUCACAGCGCCUGAUCUCAUGGCCUCAGGCUCCGAGGAGGAGGAUGAAUGGCUCGAUUAUAUCCGGAAUGAGAAAGAGCCGAAAUUGAAGCUGGGCUGGCAUGUACUGCGAAAUAGAGCAUAUGCAGAGCGCAAAAUUGACGACGAGGAACGUGACAAGGAAGAGAAAAAGUUUUUUGAGACGGGUAAAUGGCCCAGUAUUCCCCGAGCGCACGUGGGAAUUGAGAGCCUUCGACACCGUCUUAGUGAGAUUCUUUUCGAUCAAGUUCGUCGGAACUUCCCGAAUUUGGUCCGAGAUAUCCAGAGCAAGAUAGCUGGUCAUAGACACAAUCUAGGGAAUCUUGGGGCUCCAAGAUCCACCAUUCAGGAGCAACGAUCAUUCCUUGUUGAUAUCAGCACCAAAUUCUCCAACAUUGUCACUAAAGGCUUGACUGGGUUCUACAAUGAUGACUUUUUCAAAGAGCUAGAAGAUGACGCUCCCAUUCACGAUAAUCGACGUCGGCUGCGGGCAGUCAUUUCUCGGCUCAACGAAUAUUUUGCCGAUAUCAUGACAGCUCGUGGCUGUGGCCGUACGAUAAAAUAUUGUGAUUCACAUGACUCAGAAUCGCACUGCGAGAAUCUAGGGAAGCCGGGAUUCACCCAGUACAUGGCCUGUUGGAUCCCCAAAGACAUCAAGGUAGAACAUCUCAUUGAGGAGGUGGAGGAAAGUUUAAUCUUGCAGAGGGGAAGUGAGAUGCCUGGUGAUUCUAAUCCGUUGGUUGUAAGAGAACUAUAUCGUCAGCAGUCUGAGCCUUGGGAAAUGAUUGCUACAAUGCACGUUGAGACAGCCCACGAUGCAGUAACCAAGUUUGUCUGUUCUGUGCUCCGAUAUCUCACAGACAGAAACACAUUCUCGGCCAUCUAUAAGGAUAUACUUGCACCCGAAUUGGAAAAGCUCAAGUUGUCUCUACUAGAAAAGCUUGAAGAGCUGACUUUACACUCGAAAUAUGGCCACCCACUCCCAGUUCGACGGGAUUACCUCACUGAAAUACUCAAGCUGCAAAAAGUUCGGCAGCUCCACGUGCUUAAAGAAAAGCUUGUUGAGAAUGGAACAGACAAUCCUGGACUGUUUAACCUUGACCAAAUUGACAAAGCCGGUCAUGAAACCCGAGAUGUGGCCGCCAUGGAGAUCAUUGACCAAGUUGAGGCAUACUACAAACUUUCUCGCUCGACUUUCAUUGACAAUGUCGCAAUUCUCGCGAUUGAAAACUGUCUUCUCCUUCCUCUUGAGAAGAUUUUCACCAGUUUGGCGGUUAGCAAAAUGGACACGAAACAAAUUCAGUCAUUAGCCAAUGAACCAGCGCAUGUCCAAAGCGAUAGAGAAAUAUACACCAACCAGCUUGAAAAGCUAGAAGCCGGACUGAAGACUCUGAAUAUUCUCAGUCGCGAGGAAUCAUCCUUGGUCACUCCGAUAGUAUUUGUUUCGAGAGCGCCGUCUCCCUUUGAUACGUCGAGGUAG